UAAUGAAAAUUAAUCGCCCCAUUUUUGUAAAAACAUUAAUUUUAAAUUGUUUGUGUCAAACUUUAUGAUAGAUCGGUGAAAGUACAGCGCCUAAUAAGGUACUGAUUUUCGGUUCAGUUGCAAACUAGUGACAGCUGGAGUUGGCCUAAAGCAGUUGGUGGGGCCUGUUGCCAAUGUAAGGCCCUUCUAAUUGACAUAUUCCAGGUCAGUAAAAGCAUCCGGCAGGGGCGUGGGUGUGCGGAAGACGAUCGAACCCGAAGAAGGAGGGAGUUGGCUUGGAGACCGACGGCAACAUGGAGACGUCGUUAACUUACAACUUAUUCCUAGUCAUCUUCCUUGUUUUAUGUAACCUUCCAGAAAAUAACUGCCAACAUAUUCGUCACGGAAAGAAAGAUGCACGUCUCAAAGAAGAGAAGUAUAAAGGUAUAUAUAAUCAAAUUUCCUCCUCACCACAUGCUUGUGAAGAAUCUAGUUGUUAUCCAGCUACUGGGAAUCUGUUGAUUGGAAGAGAAGAUAAGCUUCGAGCAACGUCAACAUGUGGUCUAACAGAGAUUAAAAGAUAUUGUAUAGUGAGUCACUUACAAGAGAAAAAGAAAUGUUUCUAUUGUGAUUCUCGACCUCACCAGAAAAAUAAUACAAAGUUGUAUCAUGGUAUAGAAAAUAUUGUAUCAAGAAUUGGAAAAAAGAGGAAAACUUGGUGGCAAUCUGAAAAUGGUGUUGAAAAUGUGGCAAUUCAAUUGGAUUUGGAAGCAGAAUUUCAUUUUACUCACUUAAUUAUAACUUUUAAGACUUUCCGUCCUGCAGCCAUGUUAAUAGAACGUUCUCAUGAUUUUGGUAUUUCUUGGAAGGUUUAUCAGUAUUAUGCGUAUGAUUGUGCGGAGUCUUUUCCUGGAGUCCCAUUUGGACCUCGACAGCAUAUAAAUGAUGUUGUAUGUGAUUCUCAUUAUUCAAGUGUUGAACCUUCUACUGAUGGAGAGGUCAUAUUUAGAGUACUUCCACCUAACAUUCCUGUUGUUGAUCCAUAUAGCAUUUCUGUUCAGAAUCUUUUAAAAAUGACAAAUCUUAGGAUAAACUUUACAAAGCUACAUACACUGGGAGAUAACCUUCUAGAUUCAAGAGAAGAAAUCAAAGAAAAGUAUUAUUAUUCAAUAUAUGAUAUGAUUGUUAGAGGAAGUUGUUCUUGUUAUGGACAUGCAAGUAGAUGUAUUGCAGAUGAAACUGAUCAGUUGCCUCGUACAGAUAUGGUAAUUUAGUUAAUUAAUACUAAAACAAUUUUAAUUACAGUAGAACCUGUGCAAAACAGAACCUGAAUAAAAUGGAAACCUGCCUAAACUGAAAGAAAUAUUUGCUGUAAACAAUGUAAUUGUCAUGGACAUGCUACUAAAUGCCAUUUUGAUGCAGCUGUUUUUGAAGCAACUGGUAGACUAAGUGGUGGAGUUUGUGAUGAUUGUCAACAUAAUACUAUGGGUAGACUUUGUGAGCAGUGUAAACCAUUUUUCUUUCAAGAUCCUGGACGUGAUCUGACUGAUCCAAAUAUUUGUCAACCUUGUGACUGUGAUCCCCGAGGUUCAUUAGACGAUGGUAUUUGCGAUUCUCAUGUUGAUCCAGUGCUUGGACUUACAGCUGGUAGUUGUCACUGUAAAAAUAAUGUUGAAGGUUGGAGAUGUGAUCACUGCAAAAAUGGAUUUUGGAAUUUUCAAGCUGACAAUCCAGAUGGUUGUGAGGCUUGUACCUGUGAUACUCUUGGAACUAUUGACAAUCAAGGAUGUAACGUCUAUACUGGUGAAUGUGUUUGCAAACGUAAUGUUGUAGGAAGAGAUUGUAAUCAAUGUCUACCAGAAUAUUGGGGAUUGAGUGCUGAUGAAGAAGGCUGCAAAGCUUGUGAUUGUGAUCCUGGUGGCUCAUACGAAAGCAAUUGUGAUGUGAAAACAGGUCAAUGUAGAUGCAGGUUUCAUGUCAUGGGAAGACGAUGUGAUCAACCAGAAGCAGGAUAUUUUGUUCCUGAUUUAGACUAUCUAGUGUAUGAAGCUGAACUUGGAAAAGGCAGCUCUGAUUGUCAAGUAUUGGUUCGUGAACCUUAUGCAGAUAGAGAUCCUAGUUGGACAGGACUUGGUUUUAUGAGAGUAUUUGAAGGUUCUACUCUUGAAUUUGAUAUAACUGAUAUACCUACAUCUAUGGAAUAUGAUAUUGUUAUUCGAUAUGAAUCACAGGUUAGAACACAUUGGCAGGAUGCAAGAGUGACAUUAGAACGUCCGGGACCAAUUGAUCCUACUGGACCAUGUGCUAACACUAUUCCACAAGAUGACAAAAAAGUAGUCUCUCUUCCUCAUGAUGAACGUUACGUAGUAGUUUAUCCUCCAACUUGCCUAGAGAAAGGAAAGAAUUAUAAACUUAUAAUAGAUUUUAAACAUUAUGACAGAGAGGUUGACACACCUUCUGCUUCAGUCCUAAUAGAUUCUGUUGUUCUUAUACCAAGAGCAGACAGUAUACCAUUUUUUCAAGGGACACCAAUAAAUGAUUAUAGAAGACAGGAAUAUGAACGUUUGCGUUGUGGUUCAGCAUAUUAUAAUGUUCUUCGACCAGUUCCACAUGACGUUUGCAAAAAAUACUUGUAUAGCAUUGGAUUUUAUGUUUAUGGUGAAGCAUAUGAAUGUGGAUGUGAUCCAAUGGGAUCUCUUAGUACACAGUGUGAUUUGCUUGGUGGAAAAUGCGCAUGUAAAUCUCAUGUUGUUGGAAGAAAAUGUGAUCGUUGUGCACCAGGAACUUAUGGAUUUGGCCCUGCUGGCUGCAGACCUUGUGAUUGUAAUAGCAUUGGCUCCUUGGACAACUUUUGUGAUGUUCAAAGUGGGCAGUGUAAAUGUCGUCCUAAUACUUAUGGUCGACAGUGUGAUGAAUGUCAACCUGGCUUUUGGAAUUAUCCCAAUUGUCAAAGAUGUGACUGCAAUGGUCAUGCAGAUACAUGUGAUCCACAUACAGGAUAUUGCAUUGAUUGUAGAGACUAUACGGCGGGACCAAAAUGUGACAGAUGUGAAGCAGGAUUUUAUGGAGAUCCAAGGAUUGGAAUUGAUAUUCCGUGUCGACCGUGUGCUUGUCCAGGAACAAUUGAUAGUGGAAUAAAUCAUGCUAGAGGCUGUGAAAUUGAUCCACACACUCAAAAUGUUAUUUGCCAUUGUGAUAUUGGAUAUUCAGGGGAAAGAUGUGAUCGGUGUAGUGAUAAUUAUUACGGAAAUCCUACUGAAAGGGGAGAGAAUUGUCAGGAAUGUAAUUGCAAUAACAAUAUUGAUAUUGCCGAACCAGGAAAUUGUGAUUCUCGCACUGGAGAAUGCUUGAAGUGUUUAUAUAAUACAGAUGGUUAUUUUUGUGAGAAAUGUAAAUCAGGAUACUUUGGUGAUGCAACAAGACAACAAUGCCGAGAAUGUGGAUGCAGUAUUUUAGGAACUGAUCCGAAUGGAGGAUAUUGUCAUCCUGAAACUGGACAAUGCCCUUGUCUUCCAAAUGUUGUUGGCUUAGACUGUGGUGCUUGUGCUCCUAAUUAUUGGAAGAUAGCUAGUGGUAGUGGUUGUGAAGCAUGUGAUUGUGAUCCAUUAGGUUCUUAUUCAUCACAAUGUAAUGAGUUUACUGGUGAAUGUAGUUGCAAGGUUGGUUAUGGAGGACGAAGAUGUAAUGAAUGUGAAACAAACUAUUGGGGUAAUCCAAACGUACAUUGUUAUCCAUGUGAGUGCAAUCGAGAAGGUUCUGCAACUACCCAAUGUCGUAGAGAUAAUGGAACCUGUGUAUGUAUAGAGGGUAUUGCUGGUGAUCGUUGUGAUCAGUGUGCAAGAGGAUUUACUGGACAAGCACCUCAUUGUGAACCUUGUGGAGAAUGCUUUAACAAUUGGGAUGAAAUUAUCCAAGAAUUGAAAGAUCGCACACUAAGACUAAUUGAUGCUGCUCAAAGAAUUAAACAGACAGGCACUACAGGUGCUUAUACCAAAGAAUUUGAAACAAUGGAAAAACAAUUAGAAGAAGUGCGUGAAAUAUUAGCAAGUGCUAAUAUUACUGGAAGCGAUAUUGAAGACUUAAAAGCUCUUAUGGAUCAGCUUCAGAGUAAUUUAACUGAAAGUCAAAACAUUCUAGAUUCUUUAGAGCAGGAAUUAGAAAAUACAAAUCAAAGAAUAGUAAAUGCAAAUCUUGAACUUGCUGAUUUAAGAAAAAGAAAAAAUUCUUUGCAACAUGAUUCUGAGUUGAUGAAGAAUAAUGCAACAGCACUUCAGGAGGCAAAUGUUGAAGGAGCACUUAAUAUAACGAAAGAAGCACAAAGACGAUCGAGGGCUGCAGAAAGUGAAGUGAGAGAUGCACAAACAACUUUGUAUAAAUCAGAAGGUAACAGAGGAAGAACUGAAAGGCUAUUAGGAAGAACUGCUGAACGCUACAAUCAAACUUAUUAUGAAAAUGAACUUGCUCUUAAUAAAACUGAAGCAAUGAUUAUUGCAUUAGAAGAUCAAAUUCCUGACAUAAAUGUUUUGGUUUGUGGAGAAAAAACUAGAAUUAAUGAAUGUGGAGGACUUUGUGGUGGUGCUAACUGUCCAACAUGUGGUUCAGAAAGUUGUACUGAAGGAGCUGUUUCUAAAGCACGUAGUGCAUUGGAUUUAGCUAAAGAUUCUGAGUCAAUUUUGAAAAAUAAUGAAAAAAUUGCAAGAGAUUUACUUACAGCUGUUAAAGAAGCUGAAAAAGAUGCUGAAGAAGCAUUGAAUGAAGCAGAAUUAGCAUUUCAACGAGCUCAGGCAGCUAAAAAUCAAUCUGAAGGUGUUUCAGCAGAAGUAGGAUUAUUGUUAGAUAAUAUUGAAAAGUUUUUGGAUUCAGAAGGAGCUCGUCCAUCAGAGAUAAGAGUUCUAGCUGAAGAAUGUUUAAAACAAAGCAUAUCACUCAAACCUGAAGAAAUAACAGAAUUAGCAAAAAUGAUCAAUGAUACUAUUCAAAGUCUGACAAAUAUUGAUGCAAUUCUAAGAGAAACUGCUGAAGAUAAGAAUACAGCUAAAGCUUUGAAAGAUAGAGCUGAUAAAGCAAAAAAAAAUGCAGAUGCUAUUUUAGAUACUGCUAAACAAGUUUUGGAAGCAUUGGAAAAAGCAAAAGAAGCUCAGCAACUUGCAAGAGAUGCUAUCAAUAAAGCAAGAGAUGAUAUUAAGACUGCAAAAAGUGAUUUAGCACAGAUUAGUAGUGAAACUAGAGCUGCUGGAGAUAUAGCAAAUAAAUCUAUGGAUGAUAUAGAAGCUCUACAGGCUAAGUUAAUACCAUUAAAAAUACAAUUUGCUGAAAAUGAACUGAAUGCUAAAAAAGCAAAUGAUGAAGCUGAAAAAGCUGGAAGAUUAGCAGAAGAAGCGGAAGCAAAUGCAAAAGAAUUAGAACAGAAAUAUGAAGAUGCCUUACAGAAACUGAAUGGAAAAGCUAAAUUAAGUGGAGAUACUAAAGAUAGAGCAGAAAAAUUAAGGGAAAGAGCGAGAAAACUUGCUGAAGAUGCUAAUAGUAAACUUAAAGCAUUACAAGAAAUGGAAGAGGAAUUUGAACAGAAUGACAAGCGUUUAAAAGAUUAUUCUGAAAUUCUGGACAGACUUAAUGAAGAAAUGAUGAAUCAUUUGAAUGUAAUUGAAGAAAGAUCUGCCCACUAUCGUGAAUGUCAACCUUAACAAGUAUACUUCAUAUUUCACUGCCAUGUCUUACAAGUUACCUCAAGUUUCCUUGCCAAAUGAAAUCGGAAAUUAAUAUUUGAUGCCUUUGCAGUAUCAUCUGCCACAUGGUGCUAUAUAUUCUUUUGUGCAUUUUUAUUUUAUAUAAAUUGUUGAACAGUCAUUUAAGAUAAAUCCAUGCAAAAGUGAAUUAUUGUUAUUUUAUAUAUUCUGAAACACAGUUGUCAUAUGAUCAUAUCUUAUUCGAUCAUCUGAAAUGCUGUCGAUAUUGCAUUUUCUGUCUACUUACAUUUAAAAAAAAUCAUCUAGCAUUUCUUUACUUAAAGAAAUGUGAAAAUUGUGCAAUUAAAAAUGUAUAUUAAUUUUUUAAAAUAUUUUUAUUAAAUAUUAUAUUAAAAAAAUAUUAAUAAUUAUAACGUGUAAGACUUAACCACAGCAAUAAAUCUACUUGUCUCUAUGAGGCAACUUUAGAAUCUCUUACAAAGAAUCCUCUUUCUACUAAUAUAUGAAAGCAUGUUCCAAUGUUAUUUAUAAUAUACAGAAAUAUAUAACGUAGAAUUUUAAAAACAGUUAUUUAUUUCGUAUAUAGUUUCCAUUGGCACAUUGCUUAAUUAAAAAAAAAAAA